CAUCAUCAUCACCCUCUUUCUUCCAAACCAUUAACCCCUUUCCCUUGUUUUAUCUUUGUUUUGGUUUGUUUUGUUUCCUUUCCCCAUCCAGGCCUACAAUUCCCCCUUAGAAGAAUGCUUUAAACUUGACAAAAACCCUAAUCCCUCUUUUCUCUCUCUCUCUUUUCUCUGUCCUUCCUGUUAUAUUAUUAUCACCCUUGAAGAGACAGACAUGGACUUAACAAACAGCAGUACUACCCAAACCUUAGAUGCAGAUACUAAACCCACACCAACAACCCAACCCACCAACGCUCAAACCUCAAAGUCUCAAUCUUUCACCAACGGCACACUAAAGCGCCACUCGACAAUCACUGCCCCACUGAUACAACCACCCCCCAUGGUGGUUUCUUACAAAGAAUGCCUCAAAAACCAUGCUGCCACCAUUGGUGGCCAUGCACUUGACGGUUGUGGUGAGUUCAUGCCUUCUUCCUCCACCAACCUCACUGAUCCACGAUCUCUCAAAUGUGCAGCAUGUGGCUGCCACCGCAACUUCCACCGCCGUGACCCUCAAGAACACAACAAUACCACCACCAACAGCAAUAACAACAGCAACAACAACAACCCCACCUUUCUCAACUGCAUCUACGCCCCUUCAGCUCCACCCCCGCUACCUCACCGAGCCAUAAGCCAAAGCACAAGUCCAAGCCUGAGUUCAAGCCCGAGCCAUAGUCCAAGCCCAAUGUCAAGCCCUUCACCACCACCACUCUCACACUUGCCACCUUCAUACCACACUUCAGCACCCCACAUGCUCUUAGCCCUUGGCACUGCCUAUUCUGCACCCUCUUCUGAUGAUCAUCACCAUCAUAAAAGUCUCAGCUUUUUGAAUGUGAAGAGUGAGAACCCAAGUGGGAAGAAGAGGUAUAGAACUAAGUUCAGCAAGGAGCAGAAGGAGAAGAUGUAUAGUUUUUCUGAGAAAUUGGGGUGGAGAAUGCAAAAGGGGGAUGAUGGGUUGGUCCAGGAAUUCUGCAAUGACAUUGGGGUCUCUAGAGGGAUCUUCAAGGUAUGGAUGCACAACAACAAGAACACUUUUAGGAAGAGAUCGGAAGUGGGAAAUGCUCUUCAAACUGAAAAGAUCAAUGGGGAUCAUGAUGAUGGCAAUGCCGUUGGUGGGGGUGGCGGUGGUGGUGGAGGAGGAGGAUUUGAUAGUGAUAUCAACAACCCCUACAACCCAAAUAGCAAUAACAAUGACAUUCACAUGAAUGAAAAUGAUAGCUGUGCCAAUGUUCAUGUCUCUCUUAAUGAGUUGUCGGCUUAGAUUAAUUUUCCUUUGUCAGGGAUGUUAGAUAGAUGGGAAUGAAGCUGGUCGAAAUUUGGGGGCCAUGAUCAGUAAUCAUUUUUGUUUAUUACCAUGUUUUUAGUUUUUCUUUUUUAAUCAGCUAAGGCUAUAGGAAAAU